CCUUAACCCUCUUUGUUAAUUGCUCCCCUUCUUCAGAAACCCUCUGAAUUCUCUCCCUACCCUCGACCAAGUCUGGUUCUUUAGAUAAAUUAUAUUCAGCCAUGGAAUUAUUCGUAGCUAUAGUAUCUUCCUUAAUUUGCUCCAUUUUCGUCAAGUAACACUAAAAAUUAAAUAAAUAAAUCACAAAUCCCUUUUAUAAAUAAUAAUAACAACCUGAUCGAGGCUUGUGAAUAGGUUACCAAUUUUUUCAUCAUCAUUCAUAAUUUCGUCCAGUUCCGAGUUCGAUAGUGUUUUAAGGUCGUUAACUGCCCUUUUGCAGUCUUGCUGCAGCAUUUCAAAGGACAUUUUGUUAAUUUAACUAUGACAAAUACACAAAAAUACUUUUGACAGGUGUGUCCUUGAUUGUCAGUAUAGGUUAGGUUAAAAAUAAUGCAAACUAAACGUUUAUUAGCGUCAAAUAUACUUUAGUUUAUUUAAAUAAAUCAUUAUAUACGCAUAAUAUUAUAUAUUUAUCCACAAAACAUUGUUAAUUACGCCAAAAUUAGUUUUUCGUCGUAGUUCUAAUGACCAACUUGACAGCGCCCUCUAGCGUUAUAACGGUGAAGUUAGCGGGAUGCCAAACAAAACAUAACCUCAAUUCGAUAUAUAUUUAAUUGUAUUUUACUAAUUAUGUCUUCUCCCACGCAUUCUUCAGUGAAAAAGCACAAAAAGCAUAAAAGUGACCGUAAAGAUCGGCACGAUUCGUCGGAUAGAGCAGGUGGUUUGAAGUUAAUACUGAAAGUGGGUAGUCAGAAUACCCCCGAGCAUAAUACUGAGUUUAUGCAGAAUAUGCAGAUGGGGGGUGAAGGUGAGGGUAUGGAGGUUGAUAAAGGUGAUGAAUAUUAUGGUAUGGGGAAGUCGCAUCACAAAAAGAGUAAAAAAAAGAAGAAGAAAAAGGAUAAAAAUAAGGAUCGAGAAAAAAAGCAUAAACACCACCACAGGGAUAAAAAACGCAAAAAGGAUGAGUCUGAGUUCGAAAUUAGCGUCGGAACCAAUACAGACGAUCUUCCUUGCCCACAAUACACUCAACCACUAUCGCCUAGCAGAGAUCGCGAAUUACGCACAUGCGUUAUAAAAAAAAAUCCACGAACGCACCCCCCCUAUCAAAGGGCUUGGAACAUUUGCUCGGCUUACUGGAAAAAAAAGACCCGCAACAAUUCUUUGCCUGGCCUGUGACCGAUAAUAUUGCCCCUGGGUAUUCCACCAUAAUCACACAACCCAUGGAUUUUAGUACUAUGAGAUCAAAAAUUGAAGAAAACGAAUACACUUAUUUGAAUGAAUUUAUUGAGGAUUUUAAGUUAAUGUGCACUAAUGCUAUGAAAUAUAACCAGGUCGACACAGUCUACUAUAAAGCCAGCAAAAAGCUACUGCACGCCGGUUUGAAAAUAAUGGUCCCGGAAAAGUUGGGUUGGAUGUUGAAUUUGAUACCCGAGAUAACCAGUGAGGAUGUAGGGUUCGAGAUAACGGCGGAAUUAAGACAAAUUCGGUCUUCAGACGAACACGAGGAUGAUCAGUUUAUGGAUUCUAAACGUAGAAUGCCUGCAAGCAAAUUUGAGGCUAUCACUGAUGAUUUGAGUGCUGAAGAGAUUCUAGCUAAGUCUCAGAUUGCGGCUAGGGAAGCGAGGGCUAAGAUAUUCAAUAAUCGCAACAGUCCAGGUAUGGGUUUUUUGAAGCAAAAAAAAGAUGGAACAACGCAUUUAAACAUAUUGGUUGGGGGGGAUGGGGUUAUACCAGGUACCAAAAAAAGGCCCGUACUUUUGGGACAACUGACAGGUAAACUUACGGAAGGUACCAGUCAGAUAAGCGGUUUCAGAGAGGACAGAAGAAAUGUUGCAAAACCAGUUAAACCGUUAUAUUACGGCGCCUUUGGAAGCUACGCCCCAAGCUACGAUUCCGCCUUUUCCAACCUAUCAAAGGAAGAAUCCGAUCUCGUAUAUCAAACGUACGGAUCUGACACUGCGACUCAAUACGCAGAGUCGAUUCAGGAUUACGUCAAAGACAGCGACUAUGCAACCCACUUGGCGGAUAGCUUGCUAGAUCUGCUAACAGGUGGCGAUCACAGCAAAACAAAAGACGUUCUCGAGGAAAACAAAAAGUUCAGAGAGGAGGAGGAGGCGUUUAAAGCCAUGUUGGAGGUGAAACCAGCGGAUAAUGUCAAGAUUAAUAUUGCUGAGUUGAAGAGUUUGCAAGAUGUAGGUAUAGAUGUCAACUUCUUAGACUCGAUGAACGAAGAACUAAAAUUAGCGGAAGAAAAGCAAGAUUUGCAGCAAAAAUUGGACAGCAUGGCAAUUUUACUCGACAAAUUGCAGCAGUCUCAGUACCAAAGGUUGAGCCAACCUCCCCCCUCCCAAUUAAACAACUGCCUGCCUCCAAACGAGGAGGAGAUACAAAUUGCGGAAAACGUUACGGAAGGGUUGACGAAUAUCGCUAAAAGGGUAACCCCUGGGGAUAUAGUGGCCGUUCCGGGUAUAAGGAAGGCCUUGGGAAUGACCUGUAAUGUACCCCCAGAAGAUGUGCCAGAUUUGGAAUCCGAGUUAAGACAGUUUUUGGAGAAUGAGACUAAUUUGGCACAGAGUCCUCUAAGGGACGAUAAAACUAUUGAGGAGAUUUUAAUGGAGUAAUUUUAUUGAAUUUUUCGACGUAUCGUAUUUAAUUUUAUUGUAAUUUUAAGCCAAUAUAUAUUUUAUUGCUUA